AUGUCAAUUGAAUUAGCAGCUCGUGAAAUAGCUGUUAAGAAUAUUGAAGUGUUGAAGGAUAUUUAUCAAGGAAAGAGUCAUGAACAUUCUGGGACUUUUUCUAUAUUUUCGGCAUUGCUUAGUAGAUUUAGAAAGUUUCCUGAACUUCAGAAUUGUUUGAAGCUGUAUGUGCUUUCUGAUGAUUGGAAACGUGAUGGAGCAUUUGUAGCUAUUUUUCAAACUCUUGAAGCUGAGAGUUAUGUGUUUUUCGAUACAUUAGAUCAUUCAUUAAAUGAAACUCUGAAAAAUUGCAUAGCUCUACUUGACUUCUCAACCACAAUCAAAAUGUAUGACAUCAGAAGAAUUUUUCUUCCCAUUGUUUACGAUGUUAUUAAUAGCCAAAAUUUGAGUGCAAUUGAGCGUGCUGAUUUAAUCUGCUACAUGCUGCCAAAGAUGGAAGCUUUGAAUUUGAAAAUAACCUUGCCAACAAACUUUACGAUCGACUCUUUAUCACAAGAUAACGUAAGUCAGGUGAAUUCAGCAUGGAGUCAUAAAUCUGAAGGAAGCGAAAAAUAUAUUUCUCAUGUCAUCAAAAAUAAUACAAGCAUUGGAUUGUUUGAUGAAAUGAACAGAUUAGUAGCAUGGUGUUUACGUCAUGAUAGUGGUGCGUUAGGUGUGCUUCAAGUCGAUAGUAAUCAUCUACGAAAAGGAUACGGUUCUAUCGUUGCGAAAGCCAUUUCAAAGAAAAUUGCUGAAGAAGAUGAUUGCGACAUCAAUGCAACAAUUGUUUCGGAAAAUGUCAAAUCUGUUGAAAUGUUUAAAAAAACCGGGUUUAAAGAAGAAUGGCAAACAUGGCUUCUUGUCAUUAAAAAUCAGGGAAAAUCAUAAUAAAACAAUUAUUUUUUAUCAAUUAUAAUCAGGAAAAUAAAAAUUAUUUUGAAAU